GUAUAAGUCAUUUUUUAAUUUAACAAUGACUUACAAACGAGAUUCUGAUAUUUUUUUCCCAUAUGGAGAAAUGAAAUCUGGUGGGAAAAUAUCUGAUAAGAAAGCAACUAGUUCAAGAAGUAAAGAUGACAGAAAGCUAGCUGCAUGGGUUGUAUCUCAUUGUGAGACACAAUCUCAACGAGAAAAAUAUGUUGAGGAAAUGAAAAAGUGGAUUCCUAUUGAUCAAUAUGGCAAAUGUUCUGCUUGGGGAUUUUGGGGAAACUGUGAUGAAGAUUGUUUCAAUAAUCUUGGAACUAACUACAAGUUCUAUCUGUCAUUUGAAAACUCACUUUGCAAAGAGUAUGUGACAGAGAAGUUCUGGCGAAUUUUAGCUCAGAAUCUGGUACCAGUUGUCUUAGGAUCGGCAAACUAUACUGAUUUGGCACCACCACAUUCCUUCAUAAAUGUUCAGGAUUUUGAAUCCCCUGAACAUCUGUCAAAGUACCUUCUCAAGCUUCAUAAAAACCAAACGGAAUAUAACAAAUAUCUGGAAUGGAAGACGACAUACACAAUUGUCUCGUCAGUAUCUCAGAGGAUGUGUGAUUUGUGUGAGAGAGUACAUAAUUCAGAAAAGAAAGUCUAUUCACAUUUUGGAGACUGGUGGCAUAAAGAUGCCUGUACAGGUCCUGCUUGGGGAUAAAGAAGAAACGGCUGAACCAAAAUUGCUGAUUUUUUAUGGGAACCCAAGAUUUCCCUGGGGGCGACAUGUACAGUGAUUCCCAGAUAUACGAAUUCAUAGCAAGAGUUUUCUAUAAUGUCGUAUUACAUAUUUAAGAUCAAAUGCCGCUGAAAAAUGAGUUUCAUAUUAACAGUGGCGUAAAUAUGGGGGGUUAUUGGGGUUACUUACCCCCCCCCCUAGAAUCUUGGGGACACAAACAUCCUCGUUUAGUAACUUGAUCUCCAUUCUCCAUGUCCAUGAUAACCAUUAAAAGGAAAAAUGUAAAAAACAAAUUUUGCGCUUCGCGUAGAUAAUCUUACUCAAUCAACCUUACCAUAGUAGCAUAUCAUAGAUGAAUUUUACCCAAAAAUCUAGUUUUUUAAUGAGUAGCGUACUUGCACUAUAUAUCAAAUUAAUUGUACGGGGGGGGGAAUAAAAUGUAAAAAGAUCAAGA